AUGUCACAGUCCGCCGCUUUCCUGGACAGCCUGCCGAACGCUGGCUCCUGCGACAAGGAGCCGGACAGCAAGGCGAAGAGCAAGAAGUCAAAGGGGCAGGUCAAGGGGAUGGUCGGUUUCAAAGCCAGCCUCGAUGACUUCAUCCGUUGGGUACCUGACGGCAGAGUCUGCGAACUAUGCUUCAAGAAAGACACCGACGAGGACCCCGUUUGCAAGCUCUUCCCAGGCAGGAAGUGGGCAUACCCCAUCAAGAAGGAAGGCCAGAAGAACGAGGGAACGAUCUGCUUCUACUGUAUGCGUACCCACGAGAGCCGUUACAAGUACGCGCGGCAGAUGAACUUGGCUGCCUUGAAGAAUCUCCUCAAGGGCCCCGACUCCGACAAGGAGAGGGCGGAGUUCGAGUCUCUCCUGGAGUUCGUCGUAACCUGGCACGUCGAGAACCAGACGCUGAAGGGCAAGAUCUGCUGGACAGACUAUGAAGACGACUGGAUGUACUUGGAGGACUACCAGACAGCCCACGGCGACCCCGCGUUGAAAGGCCAUGCCAUCGUCCCGCACCCGGACAACGGCAGAAAGAUCGUCGUGAUUCCGAGUGGCAAGCUUUGCAAGAUCAGGAAGGUGAACUCUGUGAUCUCGGACGUUAACAAGGUAGUCGCGGACCGGGACGACGCCGACAUGAGCAAGACCGACUUGAACGAUAUCCAAGCUGGUCUCUUCAAGAGUUUCGGGCACACUAAGGCUACUGGGUGGACGCUGGACCAGGCAACGGGCAAGGCCAAAGCCAGGGCGACCUCCAACCAGCCAGGUGCACCCGCAAGCUCGACCAAGCCCAAUGCGAUGGAGGGGGCCAAGUCGACUCGCGGCCGCAAGCCGCGAGACCUCAUCGUUGUCGCCACGACUCUGAUGGGGGAGCUAGAAGUGUCAGACUCGAGCACCGACAAGUUCUUCGCGAUGGGGCGCCAGCAGACCAAGGACUACAUCGGGAGGCUUCUGAAGGACCUGGCAGGUUCUCGGGACAAGGCCACCGAGGGUGAAUCGUUCGAUGCUUUCGAAGCUAAGUGGAGGCAGCUCAGCUGCGCGGCGGAGAUGAUCAGCAUGACGAACUGGAAGGGCACCAGCCACCCGGACUUCGCAACGACCUACGACAACCAGAUGCAGAGGUUGAACACUCAUCCUAGAGUGGAUUCUCGGUGGCCUGUGUUCUGGAAGAUCGCUCGCAAGGAGCUUCGCGUGCAGCUGGACAUGUCGCACAACGAGUUCUGUGCUCAGCUCAGCGUCGAUUCGCUGCAGGACAUCGGCGUGUCCACCACCAAGAUUCUUGACGUUCAGAUCCAGUGCCUCAUCAGCCGAGUGGCAGCUUCCACCAAGAACCCAGACGUACCCACAAUUGCAAAGAAGAUGGCGAUGACGUUCAACGGGAAUGCGUGGGACCAGAUCGUGGCAGACAUCAGCUUCAGGUGCCAGUUGGCCGUACUUCGCACUUUGACUGAUGACAAUUCCUCUCAAGAGUUGGUUCAGAGAGCCAAAGCUGCCAUGACCGAGGCCGAGUCUAACAAAGACGGCGAUGCUGUGCUAGCUUCCGUGUUCACUUUCCGUGGCGGGCGAUCGUGGUACACCAGCGUGAUGAAGAUGUUCGAAAACAAGGCGGGAGAUUCCAAGUUGAAUAUGGACUUCGCGGAGGUGGUUAACAACGUGAACAGCAAGGUGACGAUAGCGGCGGCCACCAACAAUCUGAAUCUACAGGACGCAGGGGGCAUGUGCCAGGAACUCAAGGACAUCUGCAUGAUGUUGGCCAAAGCUGAUGGCAUCCUCACGUCGCUCGCGCCCAGUGGUGGGCUCGCUACUGCGCUCAAGUUGCAGGGCAAGGUUCGUGAGACGGCGAUGGCAACGGUGCUUCUUUCUUUCAAGGUGAUGAUCUCCACGUGCCAGCAGCGCACGUUCGAGGAGCACGAUUUCAAGGGUAUCUUGGAGACGGUCGGCGAUCUCUCCAGCUUCAAGCACCUCGUUGGCGAGUGCUGGGGCUGCAGCGAGAACGUGCAGUCGUCGCUGAAGUACUCCAUGAUCUUCAUGAAGCACGCGCCGAUUCUCGUCAGCGACAGCGCGUCCGCCGACGCCAAGUUUGAG